AUGUCGUCUUCAAAAGCCAUCGGAAUUGACUUGGGCACCACCUACUCGUGCGUCGGUGUCUGGCAAAACGACCGAGUCGAGAUCAUCGCCAACGAUCAGGGUAACCGAACGACACCCUCAUAUGUCUCGUUCUCGGACACCGAACGUCUGAUCGGUGAUGCCGCCAAGAAUCAGGUCGCCAUGAACCCCCACAACACUGUCUUCGACGCCAAGCGUCUCAUCGGUCGCAAAUUCGAUGAUAUCGAAGUGCAGUCCGAUAUCAAGCACUUCCCUUUCACUGUCUUCAGCAAGCAGGGGAAACCAUACAUCCGUGUGCAAUAUCGCGGAGAGGACAAAGAAUUCUCACCCGAAGAAAUCUCGUCUAUGGUCCUGAACAAGAUGAAGGAGACGGCUGAGGCGUACUUGGGCACAACAGUCAACAACGCCGUUGUCACUGUCCCUGCCUACUUCAACGAUUCUCAGCGACAGGCCACCAAGGACGCUGGUACCAUCUCUGGCCUCAAUGUCCUCCGUAUCAUCAACGAGCCUACCGCUGCUGCCAUCGCCUACGGUCUUGACAAGAAGGUCGUUGGCGAACGCAACGUCUUGAUCUUCGAUCUCGGUGGAGGAACUUUCGAUGUCUCCCUCCUGACCAUCGAAGAGGGCAUCUUCGAAGUCAAGGCCACUGCUGGUGACACCCAUCUUGGUGGUGAAGAUUUCGACAACCGUCUCGUCAACCACUUCGUCCAGGAGUUCAAGCGCAAGCACAAGAAGGACCUCUCCUCCAACCCCCGUGCUCUCCGUCGUCUCCGUACCGCUUGCGAACGUGCCAAGCGUACCCUCUCCUCCGCCACCCAAACCUCCAUCGAAAUUGACUCUCUCUUCGAGGGUAUCGACUUCUACACCUCCCUCACCCGUGCUCGUUUCGAGGAACUUUGCCAGGAUCUCUUCCGCUCUACUCUCGAGCCCGUGGAGAAGGUUCUGCGCGAUUCCAAGAUCGAUAAGGCCAACGUCCACGAAAUCGUCCUCGUCGGUGGCUCCACCCGUAUCCCUCGUAUCGUCAAGCUCGUGUCUGACUUCUUCAACGGCAAGGAGCCCAACAAGAGCAUCAACCCCGAUGAGGCCGUCGCUUACGGUGCGGCUGUCCAGGCUGCCAUCCUCUCCGGAGACACCUCAGAGAAGACCCAGGAUCUCCUCCUCCUCGAUGUCGCCCCUCUGUCAUUAGGUAUCGAGACCGCCGGAGGUGUCAUGACCGCCCUCAUUAAGCGUAACACCACCGUCCCAACCAAGAAGUCCGAGACCUUCUCCACCUACUCCGACAACCAGCCCGGUGUGCUUAUCCAAGUGUACGAGGGUGAACGUGCUCGCACAAAGGACAACAACCUCCUCGGCAAGUUCGAGCUCAGCGGUAUCCCACCAGCACCCCGUGGUGUUCCUCAGAUCGAGGUCACCUUCGACAUUGACGCCAACGGUAUCUUGAACGUCUCCGCCUCGGAUAAGACCACCGGAAAGUCGAAUCGCAUCACCAUUACCAACGACAAGGGCCGUCUCUCGAAGGAGGAGAUUGAGCGCAUGGUCAACGAAGCCGAGAAGUACAAAUCCGAAGAUGAGGAGGCUGCUGCUCGCAUUGCUGCCAAGAACGGUCUCGAAUCGUAUGCCUACAACCUCCGUAACUCCCUCACCGACGAGAAGCUCUCUGGCAAGUUUGAGGCCGAUGACAAGUCCAAGCUCGAGACCGCCGUCAACGAGACCAUCUCAUGGCUCGAUGCAUCACAAGAAGGCUCGAAGGAGGAGUACGAGGAGAAGCAGAAGGAGCUCGAGGCUAUCGCCAACCCCAUAAUGCAGAAGCUGUACGGCGCUGCAGGAGGUGCGCCCGGCGGCUUCCCUGGCGGCGCUGGUGGCUUCCCUGGUGGUGGUGCUCCUGGUGGCUUCCCCGGCGGCGCUGCUGGUGGCGAGGACGGCCCAAGCGUCGAAGAAGUCGACUAA